AUGCCGUCGGGCACCGAGAUCUGGGCGGAGGAUGAGGCCGAUGGAGGAGAUGAGGUUUGGAUGCUUGCGGAGGUCUUGCGGCAAGAUAACACUAUGCUUACUGUGCGCAAGAAGAGGACAGGAGAGGAGCUUGCGAUCGAUUUGGGCUUCGGAGAGACGUACCCGCCGAACCCGAAGGUGGUGGCGGACAUGACGUCCCUGCACCACAUUCACGAAGCUGGUAUCCUUCACAACUUGAGGGAGAGAUCUAAACUUCAGGAUCAACGACCGUACACCUUCAUGGGCACUAUCCUGAUUGCUGUUAACCCGUUGCGGAGAGUGCCGAACCCGGAAAUGACCGACUACAUGGAUCGCUCCCUCAAUCCAGAGACUCCGCAUCCUUACGCUAUCGCUGAGCUGGCCUACCACCAGAUGCGCCUCGGUGCCGGCCGUAAAGUCGCCAACCAGUCUAUCGUGGUGUCGGGAGAGAGCGGCGCAGGAAAGACUGAGACCAGCAAGAUUAUUCUCACCUUCCUGACACACCGAUCAGUGGGGGGCGUGGCGAGCUUGGACCAGAAGGUGGUGGACUCUUCUCCGAUCUUGGAGUCUUUCGGUAACGCUAAGACCCUGAGGAACAACAACUCGUCGCGGUUCGGAAAGUUCUUGAAGCUGCAGUUCACCAAGGACAAGUACCGCCUAGCGGGGGCGUUCAUCGAGACCUAUCUGCUGGAGAAGAGCCGCGUGCUUACCCAGGGCAAGGGCGAACGGAACUUUCACAUCCUCUACCAGCUGGUGGCCGGAGCUUCGGGCGUAGGCAUUGAUCUCAAGCUGCAAGACGUGGAGUCGUACAAGAUCCUCUCCCAGAGCGACUGCACCACCCUGGACGACGUAGAUGACGCGGCGGAGUUCAGGACGGUAAAAGGCGCGUUCGACACGAUUGGGAUGGGCGAGGAGUCACAGCUGCAGGUCUGGCAAAUGCUGGCAUCGGUGCUGCACCUGUCGAACGUGGAGUUCGACAAGGUGGACCACGAGCAGGGAGAAAUCGCCACCAUCUCUGAUCGCGAGGCCCUGUCGACGCUGGCAGCGCUCCUCGCCGUUGAAGAGUCGGCACUGGAGGCGAUGCUCACACAGAGGGUGGUAGUUACCCGGGGGGAGACUUUCACCAAGCAGCUGAGCGCGGCGGACGCCAACCUGACGCGUGACGCUAUCGUCAAGUCGCUCUACGAGGCCUUGUUCUUGUGGAUUGUGUCGGUCAUCAACACGUCCCUGGGCAAGGGCGAGGACAGCUUGCCAUUUAUUGGGGUGCUGGACAUCUUCGGUUUCGAGAACUUCGACACCAAGAACGAGUUCGAGCAGCUGCUCAUCAACUUCACCAACGAGAGCCUCCAGGACACCUUCAACAAGCAGGUCUUCAACAACGAGCUCAAGCUGUACGAGGAGGAGGGGAUCGACGUGGUCGUAUCCACUUGCCCCGACAACGCCGAGUGCAUCUUGAUGCUCUCCACCAAACCCAAAGGCAUCAUCCCCAGCUUGGAUAAUGUGUGUGCCGAGCCCAACCCCAGCGAUGCCCGAUACCUAGACGGGUUGCACAAGACCUACGCGCGACACCAAGACUUCCCGCGGACCCAACCGAGGGACAUGCGCGAAAACUUUUGGGUGAAGCACUACGCCGGCAAGGUGAAGUACACCGUGGAGGGGUGGGUCGAGAGGAACAUGGACCGCAUUCCAGAAUCGUUCGGUGGCACUCUGGCUGCCAGCACGCACGCGGUCGUAAGGGCAUCGACCAGCAUGUAUGGCCAGCCCCCGACCGGCGCUGCUGCCAAAGCAAAGCCCACACGAUCACGCAAGACCCUAGUGAAGCCGACCGUGGCCAAGGCUUUCCUGGCAUCCAUGCAAGACCUCAACAUGACGCUGCUCAGCACCACCUGCAACUUCAUUCGCUGCAUCAAGCCCAACGCGGCUAUGAAGUGCGGCGUGUUCAACAACAGGUAUGUUGUGGAGCAGCUUCAGUGCCUGGGUAUCCUUCAGACGUGCGAGGUGCUCAAGGUCGGGAUGCCCACUCGUGUAACGUACACCGAGCUCAAGGAGGUCCUAGGAGAAAACGCUGCACAGGCGGAGAAGCUGUUCGAGGGAGAGCCGGAGACCGCCUUGAUCGCGGGCAUCCUGUGGGCAUUCGAGGUCCCUUCGGAAGUGUUCCGGUUGGGCAGGACGCGCGUCUUCUUCCGCGCGGGUCAGAUCUCCACCCUUCAGAAGAUUCUCAACGAGACCGGUCCGGAGAAGGGCCCCUGGAUCUUCGAUAGGCUGCAGCAGGCUCUGGCCAACAGGCACAAGGCCAAGAAGGCCGCCAAGGAGGCUAAGGCUGCGGUGGAUAGCGCCUUAGCGGCAGUCAUGGAGGCGCAGGAGAUGACCACAAAGGCCAUCGGGGCGGAGCAGAAAGAUGAAGACGGGGCGGCUACCCGCCCCCCACCCGAGUCCAUCUUGAGCGACGACGAUGAGUACAAGCUUGAGUCGGCGGUGAAGAAGGCUCGCAUCGCGGGCAACAGCAUCCCGCAGGUGAAACUGUUGAUCCAGGCAGCGAAAGAGGACGAGAUCGGCACGUACGUAGUGGGGGCCUUCGAGCGCGUGAUGACUGCGUCUGAGGAAGCUACCAAGACCAUUCAAGCAUCGUCCACCAAGGCCGAGGAGCUGGAUGUGUUAACGCGUACGGCCAAGGGAGGCGACGCGGCCCAGGAGAUCCGGAAGCUGGAAGACUCUCUCAAGCGACUCCGCCGAUCGUUCCAAGAAACCAAGGAUUUAGCCACCGGCGCAGAAGAGGCUGCAGCCAAGUGCCAGGUAGAAAAGACACAGGAGCGUGUGGAGGAGACGAAGCGGAAGGCUUCUGGUGUUGCCGUGGAGGCUGCUGCCGUGGUGAGCGGGGCCAAGGGUAUCGCGCAGGCUGCCGAGCGACAGCUUCAGGCCUUGAGCAAGGCCAACGAUUUGCUUCCGAGCGUCAAUGCCGCGACGGAGGAAGCCCUGACGGCCUUCAGCUCGUUCAAGAACUUGAUUGCCGAAACAAGCAAGAAAGAGACGGCGGCGAAGGAGGCUAGCGAUGCCAAGGCAGAGGCAGAGGCCGCAGCCAGAAGGCAGCAGGCAACGGCCAAGGCCAGGAUGGAAUCUACCAAGUCAUCGAUGAAGAACCUGUCGCUCAGCGCGAGCGACGCAGACGACCAUUUGGCAGCCUUGCCAUCGGCGGCUCCAGGCAGGGGCCAGCGCGGCCGAAUGCUGAAGAAGCAGGCCUCACAAUCUGUCAAGAAUCUUCUCGACACCGUCGGCACGCCGGACACGAGUGUGUCGCCCAACCGUAAGAUGAAGAGCGACGAAGACAACGUAAGCGGGCCGGCUGUGGUGGGGCCGGGCCCCGGUGGGAUGAUGUUCGGCGGCGGUGCUCGGGCGUUCAAGGAGAUGUUCGAGGAGGCAAUGAAAGGCGGAUGUGUCGAGGGUCACCUGAUGAAGCAGAGCAAAUACUUCUCUCGCUGGAAGCCCCGCUACUUCCGACUCGAAGACGGGUACCUCACCUACUACGACAAGAAGUCGUUGGUUGGAACGAACAAGAACAAGGGUAUGGAACUCACGGCGCAUUCCAUCACGUCUUACACCAACACCAAGAACUGCUUCUGCGUACGCACCGGAGAGGCUGUUUGGUUCCUCCUCGGGAAAGACGAGCUGGCCUUGAACAAAUGGAUGACGGCCAUCAACGCACAAAUCCACGGCCUGUUCAUCAAGCUCUACAAUGUGCCCGAGGACAACUACUGGAGCCAAGGGACGAAUGGCCGCUUCUUCUACCGCAUGGUGGAUGAUGCGCUGCCGCAGUGGAUACGAACAUACCCUGAACAGGCGGCGCCCCGGACCGGGGAUGGAUUGUUCCCGGGAGAGGUCAUCGAAGUCGCACAGACACUCACCAACAAGGAGACAGAGUUUCUGCGCAUUGGCAACGAUCGAGGAUGGACGUACGCCAAGAACCCGGCGGAUGGCUCCACCCUGUUUGAGGAGAUCGAUGGCGAGGUUGUCCCAGACACGAGAAACUAUGGCUUCCCCCCUAGCGCCAAGGACCCCAUCCCACUCCUCUUCGGGCCCGGCCUAGAAUCCCAACAGACGGGCGAAGCACUUAUCCCGGGAGAACGAGCGGAAGCUAUGGAGCGCUUCACACCCGGGGACGGAUCGGGCGUGGUGUUCAUCAAGUUGAAAGACGGUCGAGGUUGGGUUCCAGUGAGGAAGAGGAACGGAUCCUUCGGUGUCACCCCCACCGAACUCUGAGUAGUAUAUCUGCGCAAAAAUGCCCACCCUUUUCAGAAACAUUUUUCGUUUCGAUGCUGCGGCUCCAUCGCGGUGUCCCCGGUUGCGAAGUGCCAAGUCGCAACUCUCGACAUGUGGAGUUCCUAUUUGUUUUCCCACGGCGCCGCAGUGGCUUGUGUAAGUGCGCGGCAUACAGUAUUUUAGACGUGGUACUCGUGGGGUGGGAGGUGUGUCGGCAGGGGACGGGGUAAGGGAAGAACAGAGGCGGUAAGCCUCGAAUUAUCUUCAGCAUGGUUAAUAGUGAUUAUUUUUCGCGACACAGGUAGUGCGUUUUCGUUGCGCAUGUCAGCACGUAGUUUUUUCCUGGUUCGCUGCGUGAAGUGCUGGCUGGCAUGGUGACGUCACCGAUGUGCACCACGUAAUUGUAUUUUGAAAGACGGUGGUUGCAUUCUGCCUGAUGCGAUGAUGGGAAAGCAUGUGGUUUUGAGUUUUGCUUGCGAAUAAACGAAAGUGUCAUUUUUGGUUGUCCAUGUUCUUUCACGUCCUAUGUUUUGUUGCAAGGGUGGGGCAGGCUUCGUCGAAGCGAGCCUGUCAUCUGUUCGUUUUGUGUUUGAUGUGGUUUUGCUUUGCGGCGUGAACCUUUGCUCUUGUAGGUUUUGGCCGGUAGAGAUACGCGUUAGUUGUUUAUGGGUACUUCCUUGGUUCGAAAGUGCGAAAAAGAGCGCCCUCCGGUUGUUGGUUCUUGGAAGGGUAUUAAUAUGUAGCAGAAACGGGGUGCGACGUACAGAUCAGUAUCACCUCAGAUAGAUCCCAAAAACCUGUGAUUUUAGGUAUUUCCCCGAUAUGGCGGUCUAAUGGGUAACCUUGUAAACCUACUAGUAGCAGGUUGUCGGUGUUCGAGUGUCUCUCGGGAGUGAAGACUUUAAAGUUGUGCGGUGGCAAACAAUUGAAGCCGUG